CUAUGGCGCGAGGGGAGGAGCGGUCCCCGCUUCCGGUGGGGCGCGGGCGCCCUUCUGCCGGUUGCGCCGUGUGGUAGCGUGGCGCGGAGGGCCGCCUGGGCCGCUAGCGGAGCACGUCGCCGUCCGCGAGACGAGGUGAAGUGCAGUGCGAGGGCUGGAGGGGCUGAGCCGGUUUCGCUUUUCUUCUCGCGUGGAGCCGUGACCAUGCUGGCGGGGGACGAGUUCAUUAGUUCCCCGCCCAAGAAGACAGUGCGGUUCGGGGGUACACUGACGGACAUCCUGCUGAAGUACGAACGGGGUGAAACCACUGACUUCGAGCUGUUAAAGCAUCAGCUGUCAGAUCCUGACAUAAAGGAUGCACAGAUCAUUAACUGGCUGCAUGAAUUUCGAUCUUCUGUCACAUAUCUGACCAAGGACUUUGAGCAACUGGUCAGCAUUUUGCUGAAACUACCAUGGUUGAGAAGAAGCCGAGAGGUAGUGGAAGAAUAUCUGGGUUUUCUUGGCAAUCUGGUGUCAGCACAAACUGUCCAUCUUAGGCCAUGCCUGAGCAUGAUUGUAUCCCAGUUCGUUCCUCCUCGAAUAACCAUCAGAGAAGAUGAUGUGGACAUUUCAGAUUCUGAUGAUGAUGAAGAAAACCUUUCUGAAAAUUUUGAUACAUGUCACAGAGCAUUGCAGACUGUUGCAAAAUAUGUUCCUUCAACACUGCAGUUUCUUAUGCCAAUACUUGUGGAAAAAUUUCCUUUCAUUAAUAAAUCAGAAAGAACUCUGGAAUGUUAUGUUCAUAACCUACUACGAGUUACAGUGUACCUUCCAACAUUAAGGCUUCAGAUUCUGGAACUCAUUGUUGAAAAGCUAUUAAAGUUGGAUGUUAGUACACCCCAGCAAGAUAUUGAAGAUGCUGAAGAAGCUGCUAAUAACUCUGAUAGUGAGGAAAAAUCUAUGGAGAAGGGACUUUUUGACAUGGAGGAAGAUGAGGAAAGAAAAGAAAACAAAGUUGUCUCUCCCAGUAGUGAGAGAAUGGCCCAUCCACUUGCAGAGCGACUGGAUAUUUUGAUGACCAUUCUGUUUGCCUAUAUUAAAGACAUUUGCCAUGUGGAUGGCAAGCUUGAUAUCAACAAGACAAAGGAUUUGUAUCGGGAUCUCGUUUCUGUUUUUGAUAAGCUCAUUUUACCAACCCAUGCUUCUUGUCAUGUACAGUAUUUCAUAUUUCACAUCUGUAGCUUAAAAUUGGGAUUGGCUGAGGCAUUUUUAGACCAUCUCUGGAAAAAACUGCAAGAUCCAAAUAAUCCUUCGGUGAUCAGGCAAACUGCUGGGAGUUACAUUGGCAGCUUCUUAGCAAGAGCUAAAUUUAUUCCAGUUGUCACAGUAAAAGCAUGCCUGGAUCUGCUGGUUAAUUGGAUGCAUAAAUACAUUGAUAAUCAGGAUACAGGGGCUAAUGCUUACUGUGAUGUAGCUCUCCAUGGGCCAUUUUAUUCCGCAUGUCAGGCAGCAUUCUAUACGCUUAUUUUCCGUCAUAAGCAACUUUUGGAUGGAAACUUAAGGAAAGGUCUGUCAUAUCUGCAGAGUUUGAAUUUUGAGCGCAUUGUCAUGUGUCAGCUAAACCCUCUGAAGAUAUGUAUACCUUCUGUUGUAAACUUGUUUGCUGCCAUUACAAGGAAGUACCAGCUGGUGUUCUGCUACACAAUUAUUGAGAGAAACAAUCGGCAGUUUAUACCAGUUGUUCGGAGUGGCACUGGGGGUGACUUUGUGCAGAUGUGCACUAACCCACUUGACAGUUUCUUCCCCUUUGAUCCCUAUAUGCUCAAAAGAUCAAAGAAGACCAUUGAUCCAUUUUAUCAGUUUUGGGAAGAACUGAGUGCUGAAGAUUUAGAGAAUCUGAAGAAGCCAAUUAAAAGGGGUACUCCUGAAGAUGAAGAUGAUGACUUUUUGAAAGGAGAAACCCCUCAAAAUGAGGGUGUGGUUGAAAUUACUCCAAAUUCUUAUGAGUCAAAUACCCGGAGCCCAGUGAGCAGCACUGGCUCUCCUUCAGACUGUCAUGCGCAAUAUCCACACUGACCUGGAGAACUAGAAGUGGAAGAGAAAAUUGCGUGCUAUUUUUUGCUCGCAAAGAGACUUUAGCUCGACUUUCUGAAAUGGCAAAUGCUUCAUCAUCAGUUUUCUAUGGAUAUAUUAAGAUAAAUUCAAAUGCUGCUAGAAAAGUCUAGAGAAUAAAUAGGGUAAUAUUUUACAAAUUUUA